AUGAAGUUGAUUCGUCGUAAACUCAAGAAAAGUCAAUCACUACUUCGAGGAACAGAUCAAGGUGCCAAUUUGUAUGUGGCUCAUAUGAAUGAAUUCGAAGAAAAAGCAGUUGAAUAUCGAAUGAAAACAGGUGCCUAUGAAGAUUUAUCAUCAAGUUCAAUUGAAGAGAUUUUAAGUAAAGUCCUCGUUUACUCAACGAUCUUCAUGCCAAGACUAAACAGCUUUCAUCUCCACGAUAGAUUGAUUAUUUUUUCCUAUGAUCAUCCUCGAUAUAUUGAUGAUAUAUUCUUUACUUUUAAUGAACCAAAGGCAAAAAUGGAAACAGUCAUCAAGAAAGCUAAUGGUUUUCAUCCAAACAUCAAAUUAGAAGCUAAUACUGGUAGUUGUGUUUCAUUUCUUGAUAUUCUUAUCAAGAACAAUAAUGGUAUUCUAUCCACAUCUGUCCAUCAUAAACCAGCAGCUGAACCCUGUGUUUUACCAUUUAUUUCUGAUCAUUCACGUCAUGUAUUUUCUAAUAUUAUCCAAGCUGCUCUUCUUCGAGCUGUACAUUAUUCAUCAAUAUUGACAAUUUUUGAAAAGGAACGUCGUGCUAUUCAACUGAUGUUGCUCUAUAAUUGGUGA